AUGGCGUCUAAAAGCAGCGAUCCUCUGUUGGUAGAGGAGCCAGCAGGAGGCGAAGAGGAGGAGGAGAGAGGAGCAGGAGAAACAGGAGGUGGAGCAGGAGGAGAGUGGAGCCGCGAAACUCAGGUUCCUGUGAAGGUGUUAAAAGGUCACAGCGACACCGUCACUGCCGCUCGACUUUGCUUCAAUCGCCGCUGCGUCCUCAGCUGCUCCUCGGACCGCAGCGCCAUCCUCUGGGAUGUGGAGAGCUGCAGACCUCUGAGGGUUUUUGAUGGAGUUCACAGUAAAACCAUCACUGAGUGCGCUCUGAUCCCAAACACCAACAGGAUGGUUACAGUCUCCUGGGAUAAGAAGUUGGUGUCCACAGACCUGGAGACAGGACAGACUCUGUGGCGGAGCCGGCAGCCGGGCCUGCUGACCUCUUGCAGCUCCUCGUCCGACGGCCGCCUGCUCGUCUGCGCUGCAGAUCCUCAGAACGCCGUUAUCAUCAGCGAUGCAGCCAGCGGGCAGACGCUGCACCACAUCAGCGACCAUCACCGCUCCACCAUCACACGCUGUCGAUUUGACCCUCAGACUCAGCGAGUGGCCACGGUGUCCUCAGACCGCGGCGUCAGGCUGUGGGACCUGCUGGCUCAGAAGACCACCGUGUCCAUCGACAGUAACCAUGGCAACGUCAUCUCUGACUGCUGCUUCACCAGCAGCGGGUUCUUCCUCUGCACGGCGUCGUGGGACAAAAGUUUGAAGCUGUGGGACCUGCAGGCCGGAGGGUUUCGGUCCCAUGGUGGGACGGCGCUACAGAGAGGACACGAGGGCAGCGUUAGCUCCUGCUGCUUCUCUGCUGACGCAUCCCUGCUGGUCUCCGGCUCCUACGACAGGACAGUAGCUCUCUGGGAUCCGUCGUCUCUCUGCCAGAAUCUCGUCCUGAAGGGUCACAGUGAUUGGGUGACUGAUGUGUCCGUCAGCGUUGACAGGACGCUGCUGUCCUCUGCCUCCAAGGACCGGACGGUGAGGCUGUGGAACAUCGAAAACAUGGAGGAGAUCCCAGAAGUUCUGGAGAAGAGACGGACAGACGGGACAGGAGUCCACGUCCUGAAGUGUGAGCAGUGUGGAAAAGCAUUCCCGGUGUCCAGGCUGCAGACCUCAGAGCUGCUGACUCACUGCGUCUUCUGUCGACUCAGAGCGCCAUCCAGGUACCGCCCCAAGCCCCCACCGCUCAUGUGACCCCGUCCACGAGGUCAGAGGUCAGGAGUCAGCCUGGAGCAACAGCUGGUAGGAACUCAACGUCUUGCUAAUGUUUACUGAGGCGUUGGGACGAUGGUGCGAGACUCUUUGAUAACCAGACGGACAGCCUGAAGUCCUGCUGUUGGAUUUAUGUUUUUAUUGUUACACAUAUAGUGAACAUAUGUGGACAGAACUGGGGGAGCAUUGGGGAUGCAUUUCUAUGCAGGAAACGUGUAAAAGUGAAUCCCCACUGUGAUUUAUUGCCUUUCCAUCAGUAGUUCCUCUACACGUUAAAAAACUCCCUUUACUGUUUUGGGUUUCAGAUUUAAACGCACAAAAUAUAAUUUUCUGUCAAAAGGUCAAAACAACAAGCUGAGAAUGAGUUUGUUGAUGUGGUGAAGCAUCAUGGGUGUUGUUGUCUUCUCCGUUAGGAUUCAUUCAGUGUUCAUCAGGUAAAAAUCAGAUUCUCUGGUCCAGUCUGGUGACACAGGAUGUCCUGGAGGGUCUGAGAGACGAGCUGCUGCUGCUACAGAUGUUUACUCAGCUUGUUUCUCUGAUAACUUCAGAUUCAGACGUCUGACGACUCAAAUCCUUCAUCUGCUUCAAAUACAGUUUGAGAGAUAAAAGGUGCACUGUAGUACGGAAAUGUAUUGCUGCCACCCAAACAAAAAAAAAGGCUCAGUAUCACAUUAUAACGUGAAACUAUCAUGUUAUUUCAUGAUAACAAAAUGAAACGAAACGAGCAAGAAUAGAUG